AAGUCAUAGGAAGUUGGAAGCAUUGAUUGAAGAACCAGCCACCUAAUCUUCAUCUUAAAAAAAAAAAAGAAAAAAAAAAACAUUUACGGUUAGUGUUAUGCUUCAAUCAUCAACCUUCAUCUCAUAAUUCUUCACACUCACACACCAAAACAAACCAUGUCUUCUUCCUUCAAAUUCAUAUGUUACCAUUUUUUCAUCAUCAUAUUACAUGUCUUUGCUGCAACACAAAUUUUGUCAUCAUCAACACAUAAUUCCUCAUUCAACAAUUUUCUAGACAGUGCCAAAAAUCCUGAGGUUUAUGAUUGGAUGAUCAAUAUCAGAAGGAAAAUUCAUGAGAAUCCAGAAUUGGGUUAUGAGGAAUUUGAGACAAGUGAAUUGAUAAGAACAGAAUUGGAUAAACUGAGUAUUCCCUAUAAAUAUCCAGUUGCAAUCACUGGUGUCAUUGGUUUCAUAGGAACUGGAUUGUCUCCUUUUGUUGCUUUAAGAGCUGAUAUGGAUGCUCUUUCUAUGCAGGAAAUGGUGGAGUGGGAGCACAGGAGUAAGGUACCUGGAAAGAUGCAUGCGUGUGGUCAUGAUGCUCAUGUUACCAUGCUACUUGGUGCUGCAAAGAUUCUCAAGCAGCAUGAAAAAGAGAUACAGGGAACCAUUGUUCUUGUUUUCCAACCAGCAGAGGAAGGAGGCGGAGGGGCUAAGAAAAUUUUAGAUGCCGGGGCAUUAGAAAAUGUCACUGCUAUCUUUGGAUUGCAUAUUGUUCCUGACUUACCAAUUGGUGAAGUGUCCUCCAGGUCUGGUCCAAUAUUGGCAGGAAGUGGAUUCUUUGAAGCAAAAAUAAGUGGAAAGGGAGGUCAUGCAGCUAUUCCUCAACAAUCUAUAGAUCCCAUAUUAGCAGCUUCUGGUGCGAUUAUUAGCCUACAGCACCUUGUUUCUCGCGAGGCUGAUCCUUUAGACUCCCAGGUUGUGACGAUUGCAAAGAUCCAAGGAGGUAGUGCAUUCAAUGUUAUUCCAGAUCAUGUCACAAUUGGUGGUACCUUCCGAGCCUUUUCUAAAGAAAGCUUCAACCAACUGAGACAGCGGAUUGAGGAGGUUAUCAUUGGGCAAGCUGCUGUGCAUAGGUGCAAUGCAACUGUGGACUUCCUUCAUGGAGUGAAACCUUUUUAUCCUCCAACUGUAAACAAUGCUGACCUGCAUGAACAUUUUGUGAAUGUUGCGGUGAAUAUGCUUGGCAUCGAUAAAGUUGAUAGUGUCAUGACACCAUAUAUGGGAUCCGAAGACUUUUCAUUCUAUCAAGAGGUCAUACCUGGAUACUUCUUCAUGCUUGGAGUGAAGAAUGCUUCACACAAACGGUUCGAGUCUUUAUUACACUCACCUUAUCUCGAAAUCAAUGAAGAUGGUCUCCCUUAUGGAGCUGCACUUCAUGCAUCUUUAGCUGCUAGUUAUCUUCUAAAACAUCAGCGGGAUACUGUACCUGGUGUUGAGAGAAAAUAUCAUGAUGAACUAUAAAUAUAAAUAAUCCUAAUAAGCCAAGCUUGCCUUAGCCAUAGAUAAAAAAUUAGAGUUUUCACUACAUACUCUGGUUUCAUCAUUAUUAAACAGCACAUAUUUCUCUAUUGCUUUUGAAUGAUUUUCUUAUUCUCUCUAAUUAAUUAGUUUCAAAUAUAAUUAUCCAUCAAAAUUAAUGCUUAUAUUGCUUAGUCCUUUCUGAUGUCUAUUUUUGUACCUGCUUUUCAAUUUCAAGUCCUGGAGUGUUCUUGAACGUUAAGUGAGAUUGCCUAUCAAUUUAAACUAGUUGGUAAGCCAUUCAAAUUUAUAUGUCAUGUACUCUUUUAAUCAAUGUAAAAUGAUGUAUAAUGUGAGAUAUUUGUAAAUCGCUAGUGAAAUAAUAUUCUAAUAGUAUCAAUUAAAGAAUUUCUACA